UACCACAAAACCAUAAAGCGUGACAGGACACACCUCACCAAUUGAUACAUCUGUCUCCAACACAACCAUGUUCUCGAAGGUCCUGCUCCUCGGAGCUGGCUUCGUCACACGUCCGACCGCCGUCGAGCUUGACAAGGCUGGUGUUCACGUCACUGUUGCUUGCCGUACUCUCGAAAGCGCGGAGAAGCUUGGCGAGGGCCUCAAACAUGCCACUGCUACUUCCAUCGAUGUGAAGGACACCGGUGCUCUGCAGAAGGCCAUCGCGGAGCAUGAUCUUGUCAUUUCCCUCAUCCCAUACACCUUCCACGCCGAUGUCAUCAAGGCCGCCAUCAAGGCUAAGAGGAAUGUUGUCACCACUUCCUACGUCUCUGAUGCCAUGAUGGCUCUUGACGAGGAGGCCAAGGAGGCUGGCAUCACUGUUUUCAACGAGAUUGGUCUGGAUCCAGGUCUUGACCACCUUUACGCCGUGAAGACCAUCACUGAAGUCCAUGAGCAAGGCGGCAAGAUCAACGGCUUCUGGUCCUACUGCGGUGGCCUUCCAGCCCCAGAGAACUCUGACAAUCCUCUUGGCUACAAAUUCUCUUGGUCGCCUCGUGGUGUUCUCCUCGCUGCCCGAAACACCGCCAUCUACUACAAGGACGGAAAGGAGGAAACUUCUCCACCAGGCGACUUGAUGAGCACUGCCAAGCCUUACUUCAUCUACCCUGGCUUUGCAUUCGAGGCAUACCCGAACCGUGACAGCACUCCCUACAAGGAGCGAUACAACAUUCCAGAGGCACAGACUAUCAUUCGUGGAACCCUUCGCUACCAAGGCAACCCAACUAUUGUGCGCACUUUCCAGCUUCUCGGAUUCCUCAGCGAGGACGAGCAAGACUACCUCAAGCAGCCAAUUCCAUGGAACGAGGCUUCUGCAAAGAUUGUUGGAUCCUCCAGCGCUUCGGAACAGGACCUUGUCUGGGCCGUUAAAUCCAAGACGAAGUUCAAGGACAACGAUGAGAAGGACCGGGUCAUCGCUGGUCUCCGCUGGUAUGGUCUCUUCAGCGAUGACAAGAUCGAUCCACGCGGCACACCUUUGGACACCCUCUGCGCAACUCUCGAGAAGAAGCAGCAAUACGAGAAGGGUGAGCGUGACUUUGUCAUUCUGCAGCACAAGUUCGACAUCGAGUGGAGAGAUGGCAGAAAGGAGACUCGCACAUCCACUCUUGCGGAAUACGGUGAGCCUGAGGGAAGCGGCGGCUACAGCGCCAUGGCCAAGCUGGUUGGCAUUCCUUGCGCUGUCGCUGUCUUGGCUGUUCUCGAUGGCACUAUCAAAGACAAGGGCAUUCUCGCCCCUGUCACUCCAGAGCUUGCCGAGCCCAUCCGCAAGAGACUGCUUGAUGGAUAUGGCAUUGAGCUCAAGGAGAAGACCGUGGCUUAGGCGGACGACGGUAUACUGACCCUGGAACAAAUGUCACGUCGCUUCUUCCCGAGGGAAUGGGCCGAGAGGGAUCGCGAAGCACAAGCAAAUGGUCAAGAGAAGGCGGGACUGAACAAUCCUCGCCCAUCUCCAUCGGCUUGGCGUGCCAGCGAGCAUGCGCCACGACCAUGAUGGGUGCUGAUUCGCCUGAUCCGGCAAAUGCGGCAUUGUUGGGGUGGAAUGAAGAAUGAACUAGAAGGCAUAGACAAAAGCUAAAAGCAUGACAUGACUGCUUCGCGAGAUCGUGAAGAUAUGACUU